UUCUAUAAAUGUCUAUAAAUUUUCUUAAAGUUCUAUUUGCUAAUGAAAUACAAAUGAAUGAUUGUGCCAAUGCAAAAAAAAUCAAUAAAACUUGUGUAAAUAGAGGUUUCCUUCCAACUCAUUUGCACACCAAUAGUCCACUGUCAACAGCAGAACUAAACCAAAAAUUUAUUAAUAAAAUGGCGAGAAUUAGGAAAAUUUGCAACUCUGGAAUAUAUAUUUGUCUCUACAUCUUUUUCUUAUAUUUGGCAUGGUUGUCAGUGGAAAAGUUUAGUCAAAAGAAAACUUUCAUGAUAAGUACUGUUAGAGAUACUGGAAAUAUCAACUAUCCUUCAAUCACAGUGUGUGAAGUUUGUCCCUUUACUCAGAGAGAAAACAUUCUGGUGGAGCUAAAAUCUUGGAAAAACACUUCAAAUGAGUUUCUUCAAGAAUGGAUUAAAAACCACACUUCAUCUCGGGAACAUCUGUUUAACUUUGUCCAGCACAGAAGUGAUGAGAGACAAUUUCAAUGUGAGACUACGGAUUCCCCAACUGACACAUUAGCAGGUUUCCCCUGUACAUUUCCAUUCAAUGUUGAUGAUUGUUCAAUCCCUUCACCAAAUAAUCAUCUUCGGAGUGCAUUUUGCAAUUCAUUUCAAGAACAGAGGGAGGUCAAGACCUUCUACAAAUGUACGGAAAUGUAUGACAACAGACCAUGGUGUGCUGUUCAUGUUUUUAAAAAUAGAUCAAUAGUUCCCAAGGGUUAUGCAUACUGCAACAAGAACUGCAAUGGAGAAAUGCCUUCUAACAAACGUCCAGAAUAUCUAGCCAGCUCUAAAUUUGAUAAAUUGUGGCAGCAGAGAAUAUUCAAUCUCAACUCCUAUGGCGGUGGCCAUUGUUUUACCUACAAUCCCAAAGAAAAAUUCCUACCAGGAAGACCUGGAAAUUUUCUAGCCCUACUUGGACCAGAAUUAGAGAAGGAUUCAUUAUGUGGUUAUAAUAUUCAUUUACAUUCUAAGAAGCAUUUCUGGGUUCAUGAGAGUUUGGAUGAGACUGGACAAGCUGAUACACUUUUUCUUGAAGCAGGAGAUUUUUUGCAGGUUGACUUUGAGUACUCAAAAACAACAAGAAUAUCAUCGUCUAAGCAUCAAUGUGAGGAAAGUGAGGAUUACAGCAUGACAGAUUGUAUUUUUAACUACUUGUAUGAAGAAGCUGGCUGUAUAAUAAGUUGGCUCAACAAGUCAAGCCUUGAUCUACCAACCUGUGAGGGAGUGGAGGACAUUGAACGAUUGAGUUUGAUUAUGUGGAGUCUGUAUUCAGCACCAUACUCUAAAUUAAGUGCUCUGACAGGAUGCAAAGUUCCUUGUACUACUGAGAAGAUUUCAGUUGAAUCUGUCCGCACCCAGAAGAUUACUUGGGAUGUAAACUGGACGUCUGAGUUCUAUCUAGAAGCAAAUUCGGCAAGAGUUGAGAUAGUUGAGGAGCAGUUGGUGUUCGAUCUGCUUGAUCUUAUCAAUGGUAUUGGAGGCCUUCUUGGGCUUAUUCUUGGCUAUUCAAUUCUCUCAGUUGUUCAGUUCAUUUUUUCUACUUUUAGCGUUAAAUUCAACAACUUUAAUAAUGUGUUAAAACCCGAAAAAUUAUAAUUUUAAAUGACUUGAGGAUUCAUUAUGAUAACUAUGAUUCAGAUACAGAUUUUAUAACCCUGCAUAUGUAAGAAAAUGUUGAAAUCAAUGUAUUACACAGUUUUAAAUAAACUUUGUGUUAUUCUAGAAACCUGUAAUUGUAAUAUCCUGAACAAAAUGUAAUUAAUAAUUUCUACCAAAAAAGCACACCACAAGCAUAUUAAAAAAGCAGGGUAAUCAGCAAAUAUUAUUGCUUGAAUAUUUUUGUUGCUCACAGAAAUGGAGGUCUAGGAAAUUGAGUCUUUGCCUCAAAAUCAGAUUUUCUAAUCCCUUUAUCUUUGCAACCUUAUUUAGAUAUUUAGUUUUAAAACUCUAAGACCAUGACUUUGGGUGGAGAAGAUAAAUGGA